ACAGACCUCAUCAUCUGUCUUUAAGUGUCCUGCUCUUCAACAUGAAGUUCCUCCUCUUCCUCAGUGUGUGUGUGUGUGGAGCGCUGGCUCAGGCCAAUUCUGAUUAUGAUGAUGAAGAUGCUGUAGAUGUAAAAACACCACCGCCGCCCAAAGUGGAAUUCACAGACCCUCGAGGUCACAGGCCUCUUUCCAGGGGCCGUGAGGUCUACACACCUGUCGCUGCUCCACCUCCUGUUAGCGGACGUGGACGUUACGGACCGCGCCCCACUGCGGUGACCGAGAAACAGCUUCAGGAGGAGAAGAAGGAAAUUAUUGACAGUGGGGGAUGCAUACAUGCUUCGGAGGCAAUGGGUGUGCUCUGUCCUACAGGCUGUGAAUUGAAAACAGCUUUGCUGAAGCAGGAGCGUGACGUUAAACCUACGGUGGCUCAGCUAAAGAGAGACGUGGAAACUCUGUCACAGACCUCCAACUCCGUCUACAGAUACGUGGACGAGCUGACCUCAGAGGUCACUGAGAGACAGAGGAUCAAUAACGGUAAUGACGACUUGGUCAAUCAGUACACAGACGACCUGGAGGUCCAGCAUGCAUAUGUGAAAGAAACUGUGGAUGUCUCGUUUCCACAAAACAUUAAAAUCCUGCAGGGAGUCCUGGAGAAACUGCGGGAGAAGAUCCAGCGUCUGGAGAGGGCUGUGACUUCUCAGAAUGAGAAGUGUGCUGAACCGUGUGUAGUGUCCUGCCCCAUCCCAGUGGUGUCUGGAAAAGACUGCGAGGAUGUUUUCAGGAACGGAGGAGAAACUUCUGAGCUGUAUCUGGUGCGCCCAGAACCCUCACAAGCACCUUACAAGGUCUACUGUGACCAGACAACGCAGAACGGAGGAUGGCUGCUCAUUCAGAACCGUUUGGACGGUAGCGUGGACUUCGGCCGGAGAUGGGAUGAUUACAAGAGAGGUUUUGGAAACGUUGCGUUUGAUGUUGGGAAAGGUCACUGCGAAACUCCUGGCGAGUACUGGCUCGGUAAUGACCGCAUCAGUCAGCUCACUAAGACGGGCCCAACUGAAGUCCUGAUCGAGCUGCAGGACUGGGCAGGCACGAAGACAUACGCUCAGUACCAACAGUUCACCGUACAAGGCGAAGCUUCGAACUACAUCCUGGCAGUGGAUAAAUACUCCGGCACGGCGGGAAAUGCCUUACUCACUGGUGCAACAGAGCUGUUUGGUGUAAAUCGCACCAUGACCAUCCACAACGGCAUGAUGUUCAGCACCUACGACAGAGACAAUGACCGAUGGGUACCUGGUGACCCGUCUAAGCAGUGUUCAAGAGAAGAUGGAGGUGGAUGGUGGUAUAACGCCUGCCAUUCAGCCAAUCCUAAUGGCCGAUACUACUGGGGCGGAGCGUACACAAAGAACAUGGCCAAACACGGCACAGACGACGGCGUGGUGUGGAUGAACUGGAAGGGCUCGUGGUACUCGCUCAAGGCCGUCAGCCUGAAGAUCAGACCCUUCUUUGCUCAGAAAUAACACACACACACACUCUUCACUCGUCCUGUGUGAAACCUGUACUCUUAUUCAGCAAAUGCCAUUUUAGAAAUAAAAAAAGAAAUAAAGAUGUUGACAUCAGUGAAAUAUGAAGAUAAUAAGAACAACUGCACCAGCUGUCAACAAACCUGUUUACGUUCAAAAUAAAAUGCAUUCUGUGUGAACAUUA